CUCGCGAUGGCGUCAAAAUGGCGGACGGUGUUUUCAUUUCUUGAAAAAUAAAUAAAGGUGAUGUAGUUGCCUAGAUGAGAAAGAGAAAUUCAUUCAACGAGUAACUGACAGUUUUGAACAUGGCCACUUCAAAGGUUGUCAAGUUAGAAGAUGUGAACUCACUUCAAGAUGGUGAUGAAGGAAGGCUUGAUAGAGAAGAGAGUCUACUUAACACUGACCUCAAUGGAUUGCAAAGGUUAAAAACCCAAUCAGAAGGCAGCCUCCGAAGUUCUCUGAAGUCUUCCAAGCAGAAUGGCUUACUUCCACCGGCCACCGCAGAAUCAUUGCAAGGAGAGGCAGCUGAUAUCCUCUUUCCUCUCCCAGAAGGAUGGCCGAGACUGCCUGAAAUCUUCGCCAAGCGAGAAUACACUAAAGCAAUGUCAACAUCCGUCAACAAGGCGUCUUCUCACCUGGAGCUGUUACAGAAUAUCAUCGAUGAGUGGUUUGAUCUGCAAGUGGCAAGUAGAUCUUCAACAAGAGCAUCCAUGUUGGCUUCAAUGAAAGGUGGUGAUUCUAGUGCUUUUGAUAGAAAACAGCUCCGCUUCACAUCACAGUCUCGAAGCACAGCGACGACAUUACGGGUUGAAGGUGUUGGUGGGAAAGCUGAUCGUGAUGUACAAUCUGCUGAAAGAGCAGCUUCAGAGUUGGACAUCCCCUACCUUGGUGCGGAGGAAGUGUUGGAUGAAGUGAUGACAUUACUUGGUAAACUUGAGACAGACCGCAUUGAGAGUAUGACGCAGUACAAGCAGCAGAUCCACCUUGUGAGGAACCUUGGUGCUAGGAUUGAUGGUAUUGCAGAGCAUCGGAUGAAUGAGUUGCCAAAAGCUGUGCAGAAAGAACACGAGGCUUGCUCACGUGACAUCUAUGAACUGCAGUGGCACGUAUCAUAUCGAGGACGAGCUGAGGACAGAAUCACAAACAAAAUGGAGAUCGCUGAUGCUCUCAAUAAGAAGCUGAAGGAUGAUAUAGCAUUUGUUAGUAGACACUGUCCUCUUGUUGAAGAGAAGCUGGAGCUGGAGCAAGAAGCUAUGGAACGCAUUCAGAUUGCUCAGACAGAGACUACAGAAGAAUUGAAUUUGACAUUGGAACGUUGUGCCCGAGUUGAGAAGAAGUCAGCUGAUGCUCACGCUAAGGCAGAGAGUGAGAGGAACAAGAUGAAAAAAGAAAUCGAGAGCAUUACAAAGGAAUUAAAUAGAAUCAGCCAAGAGUUGGCAGACGCGCACAGUCUCCACGAGUCAUACAUCCACCGCAUCUACUCGACAAGGGAACAGCUCCAGAACUGUGAACAGGAGAUUACUGUCCUGGAGGUGAAGAAUGAGAACUCCAAAACACAAGAGGCCAUGCAGGCUGCCAAGGUGCAAGACCUCCAAGCGAAGAUUGAGGUUCAGGAACAGGAGCACAUGAGGCUGAUGGAGGAAAACCUGCAGAGACAGUCCGAUAUAGUCAUACAGAAAAAGAGCUUCCAGCACCGUGAGGAGGAGUUUCAGAAGGAGAUCUAUACUUUGGAGGAUGAGCAUCAGUUGGUGUCACAUGUUGCUGCAGAGAAUGAGAUGGAUAUUGAGGACAUGAGGCGGAAGAUUGAAGACUGUGCUCGGCAGAAGAUCGCUGACGAGAAGAAUGUGAUCCGCAUCAAGAAAGAAAUGGAGAAGACAGAUGAACAGAUGAAGGUGACCUUGGAUGAGUUUAUCAAGGUCGAGGCUGUUAACAACGCAAUCAGGGAGAAGCUUAGGUCUGAGGAGGAGAAGGCAUUAGCCAUUGAGGAUUCACUGAAACAAACUGCUGAAGCUUUGAAGAAGCAAGUGAAAGAUGAGAUCCAUGCUCGGACUGUGCUGCAGGCAAGAAUCGGCUCAGACGGCCAGGAGUUGAUCAAGUCAAAAGCUGAUUCCAAAGGCAAGAAGGAAAAGGUGAAGAAGGUGGCAGCAGAGAUCGAGGAAGCCGUCAAGACUGUGCUCGGCAAGGUGGAGAAGCUCAGGGACAUCCAUGCUGAGAAAAGUGCAAUUGUGAAUGGUCUCCAGGACAACAUCAGUGGGCUGAAGGGCAAGCACCAGGAGGCAGAGGGAAGCUUGAAUGGUCGAUUGUCUGACCUCAAACCGCACGCUCAGCACCUGAAGGAAGACAUCCUCAGCUAUGAGAAGAAGAUCGACCACAUCGAAUGGCGGGCGGAGAUGAUGCAGAAGAAGAUGGACGACAUGGGUGCAUCUGCGGGGAUGAUGACGCGGCUGACACACACCACCGAGAGACAGAUCAGGCAUCUCACGGAAGAACUCGAGGAGGUGACCACCCAGUUUGAAGCUGGUCAGAAACUUGAGGAUGAACUACGAAUAUCACUCAAUGCUUUAACAGCUCGUAACCGCGAUUAUGAAAACAAACACAAAUCCUAUCUGGAAGUGCGACACCAGGUGGCAUGCCAACAUGACCUCGAUUUGGAAACCAACAAGACUCUAAACCAGGAGCUGGCCUCCAAAUACCGCCGCCUUCAGAACCAGUACAUCAUCCUGAAAGAUAAACUGCUCAACCAUUAUGAGGAGAGGAUUCAGCUUGAGAAUGAUGUGAAGGAUCUCAAACAGCUCGAGAGCCUUCAACAAAAGAUGCACUUUGCCCUAGCUGAGUACUACAAGUAUCGGGGGGCAUACAACAAGGGGGAGUUAGCCAGGCUUGAGACGGUCUCCUAUGAAAAUGGUGCCAAACUCGUCUCCCUACAGACUGAAAUGGACACGGCAUUGGACGGGAUCACUAAGUUCCUGACCCAGCAGAUGGACCCAACUGUUGCCAGACAGAUUGCCAUUGAAAAGUUGUCACGAGAGCAUGUCUCACAGCAUUGCUAACCAGCAGUGUCGCGUCUUGGAGAGGUUUGAUUAAAAUGGUCUUGUCUUCUUAUUGAAAAAUGUUUAUAGGUGUAAUCCACUGAGGUCUUCCUCAGACUGGAUCCUUUCACAUAAAAAGGUAAACAAUGGAAUCAGUGAUGUCCGUCCGUGUAUAAUGCAUCUUUAAUUGAGCCAUAUUUCUUUCUUUUUGUAUCAACCCACUGAAUACUGAAUGACUGUGAUGAGACAUUCCGUCCUAUGUGUACAUAUGUAAUAUAAUGAUGCUAUACUUUGUUUCUUGUUUGUCUAAUGAUCAUAAAUCAUAAUGUUAUCACAUUGUCAAAUAAAAUGUGACUUGCAGGA